AUGGAGAGAAGGCUCGGAGACAAUGGCCAGGCACUUGAAUGGCAAGUACUGCUUCUCUUACUAUUAUCUUUCUCCUGCUGGGCUGCUUCAGAUCAGUUUCAUUACUCAAUCCCCGAGGAGUUGCCAAAGGGUUCUAUUGUGGGGAAUCUUGCCAAAGAUUUGGGACUGAAUACCAGAGAACUAGAAGAUCGCAAUGUGCAUGCAGUGUCUUUGACUAACAUGCAAUAUUUCAGUGUCAGUGCAGAAAACGGAAACCUCUAUAUAAAUGACAGAGUAGACAGGGAGGGAAUUUGUGAUGCAACUUCACUUUGCCUUAUACAUUUUGAGCUAGUGAUUGAAAAUCCCUUAAACAUUUACCAUGUAACUAUAAUGAUACAGGACAUUAAUGAUAAUGCACCACAUUUCCUCAGUGACAAUAUCAACUUGGAAAUCAUUGAAUCUACUUCACCUGGUACCAGGUUUCUCCUUGAGAAAGCUGAAGAUCCUGACAUUGGGACCAAUUCUGUCCAAAAUUAUCAACUUAGUCAAAAUCAGUACUUCACUUUGGAUGUUAAAGAAAGUCAGGAUGGAAAUAAAUUUGCAGAUUUAGUACUGCAGAAACCACUAGAUCGAGAAAGUGAACACGCCCUCCACUUGAUCCUAACAGCUAUGGAUGGGGCAGAACCUAGAAAAACUGGGACCACCCAUAUAUGGAUUAAUGUCACUGAUGCCAAUGAUAAUGCACCAGUUUUCACCCAAGAUGUUUAUAAGGUCAGCCUGAAGGAAAAUGCUCCUGUUGGGUCUUGUGUACUUCAGGUUGUGGCCUCUGAUAAUGAUGAAGGUUCAUAUGCCCGAAUCAGGUACAACAUACAAGGGAACGACCACCAGAAAUUCAGCCUGGAUUCAGCCAGUGGCACAAUUACACUUAUAGGACCACUGGAUUUUGAGGAGAUUAAAGAGUAUACCAUGACAGUAGCGGCAAAAGAUGGAGGUGGCUCAGUGACACAUUGCAAAGUUGAAAUACAAAUUCUUGAUGAAAAUGACAACUCCCCAGAAGUAACUCUGGUUUCUUUGUACAGCCCAAUUCCUGAAGAUUCCCUGACUGAAACCUUAAUUGCUCUGAUCAAUAUACAUGACAAAGAUACUGGUGAUAAUGGAAAGGUUACUUGCCACCUAUCAGAACAUCAGCACUUCAAGAUUCUUCCUUCAUCUAAUCAUUAUUACAAACUCUUUUUAGACCAUCUACUAGACAGAGAAAGAACUCCAGAGUACAAUAUUACAGUCAUUGCCAUAGACAAAGGGAAUCCCUCUCUGUCAACACACAAAACCAUCUCAGUACAGAUCUCUGAUAUCAAUGACAAUUCCCCUACUUUUGAGAAGUCUUCCUAUGCCAUCUAUGUGCUAGAAAACAACCCUUCUGGUGCUUCCAUUUUCACUGUCAAAGCCUCAGACCCAGACAUGGACCAAAACUCACAAAUCACAUAUUCCAUCCUCCACAGCAACAUCAAGGAGCUCCCCAUCUCUUCAUAUAUCUCCAUAAACUCUGAGACUGGAGCUCUCUAUGCCCAGAGGUCCUUUGACUAUGAACAGUUCAGAGAGAUCGAGCUUCAAGUGAAGGCCCAAGAUGGUGGUUCUCCCCCUCUCAGCAGCAAUGUCACAGUGAGGGUGCUCAUUUUGGAUCGGAAUGACAACACCCCACAGAUACUAUCCCCUUCACAAGAAGCCAGGGGCUCAGCCUUGUUUGAGAUGGUACCUCGUUCGGCUGAGGCAGGAUAUCUGGUCACAAAGGUGGUGGCCGUGGAUGCUGAUUCUGGACACAAUGCCUGGCUUUCCUACCAUGUCAUUCAAGCCACUGAACCAGGAUUCUUCACUGUUGGUUCUCACACUGGAGAAAUCAGGACAGCAAGGGCCUUUGUGGAGAAAGAUGCUGCAAAACAGAAACUGGGAAUUUUGGUGAGGGAUAAUGGGCAGCCAUCUCUCUCAGCCACUGUGACACUGAACCUGGUGUUUGCUGAGAACUUUCAGGAGGCCCUUCCAGAAAUGAAAAACCAGUCCAGCAGCCCUGACUAUCAGUCCGACCUGCAGUUCUAUCUGGUGCUGGCCUUGGCUUUGAUGUCAUUCUUGUUCCUCUUGACGGUGAUUCUGGCCAUUCUGAUGAAGCUUCGAAAAUCAGGGAAUCCCAAAUUCCUGCAAUGUUUUGGUCCUAUUCCCCAUUCAAGUGCUGGUGCCAUCUUCCCACCAAAUUUUGAAGAUGGGACUUUGCCUUAUUCCUAUCAGGUUUGUCUGUCCUCAGAAUCCAGGAAAAAUCAGUUUACUUUCCUAACACCUCAUGCUCAGAUUGCAGACAAUUUUAUUUCUGGUGACAAAUCUGGUGUGUCUAUCCUAAACAACGGAGGAGAAAAUAUGAAUUCUGAAAUGCAGAGUUGUGAGAAGCUAGAAAAUAGUUUACAUUUUGCAUCUGAAAACUGUGUAUAUAAGCAUGAAAACUGUGUAUAUAAGCAUGAAAAAGGCAAGGCAGAUUUUCCAUGUCAUUCAGAAAUGAAGACAUCCCUUGCAGUUCGCUGA